CGCCGGGCCGCAGCUUCCCUUCUCGUCAGUCCUCCGAGGCUGCGUCGCGCUGACAUCCGUCUGUCCUGCCUUUUUUUUUUCCUUUUCCCUUCUUCAGCAAACCCCCCUCCCCUCUCCUCCUCCUCCUCCAAGAUGGUGGUGCUGCGUUCUGAUUGAUCCAAGAGGAAAAGGCGGAGGCGCAGCGCGGCCCUUACUCAGCCGCCACCAUCUCGACAGCCACGCGCACGCCUAGAGCGCCGACGGUCUUCCCCAUUCCCAGGCCUCGCCUGGCCCGGCCUAGCUCCGUCCCCGCCUUCGCCUUCGGCGGCUCCCCGCGCGCUUCACGUCCUUUGCCAUUGGCCGCACGGCCUAGCCUAGGCGUCGGCUUGAAGGAGCAACCAUCCGCCUGUCCAGCGUCCGGAGCUGACCGGUCUCGCCAGAGCCUGCCGGCUUACAGCGGAAAAAACGACAGGUCUACAACCCACCAAAGGCUAUUUGGCAACUGUGCAAGAACAUUCUGCUAAAGUGGUAGAAAAACAUGCAAUGGAUGUCUUCAGUUGGAGAGAAGAAAGCCAAUGGGAGGCCUCAGGGUACUGUGGGUACGAGUAUUGCUGAAUAAUCACUGGCUGAUAGCGACAUGACAGAGUAGAAGAUCAGCCUUACGUUUGAUAUCAGUGAAGCCAAACAGCAGGAAACAAUUGACAACACUGUUAAACCUAUGGUUGGCUCAAUACAAGAGGACUGGCAAGAACGUAUUUUUAAUCAACAACACAAAAUUGUGAUCACCCCAAUGUCACCGAAUGGCCACAGCUUGUAAAAGAUCACCAGGAGAACCUCACUCUGAAAACAUUGAAACUAGCCGAAUGAAGCGAGCAGCUGCAAAGCAUCUAAUAGAACGCUAUUACCAUCAGUUAACUGAGGGUUGUGGAAAUGAAGCCUGCACGAAUGAAUUUUGUGCUUCCUGUCCAACUUUUCUGCGUAUGGAUAACAAUGCAGCAGCCAUUAAAGCCCUCGACCUUUAUAAGAUUAAUGCAAAACUCUGUGAUCCUCAUCCCUCCAAGAAAGGAACAAGCUCGGCUUACUUAGAAAAUAAUUCCAAAGGUGCCCACAACAACGCCUGCACUGACAGAAAAAUGAACAAGAAGGAAAUGCAAGGUCCAAGAGAUGACUUUAAAGAUGUGACUUUUUUAACAGAAGAAAAAGUAUAUGAAAUUCUUGAACUAUGAGAAAAAGAAGACUAUUCUCCCUUAAUCCGUGUCGUUGGGAGAGUAUUUUCUAGUGCUGAGGCUUUGGUACAGAGUUUUCGAAAAGCCAAGCAGCAUACUAAGGAAGAAUUGAAGUCUUUACAAGGAAAAGAUGAAGAUAAAGAUGAAGAUGAAAAAGAAAAGGCUGCAUGUUCUUCUGCCAUGGAAGAAGAUUUAGUUGCACCAUCAUCAUCAUCCUCAUCGUCAUCAAGAAUGGGUGACAGUGCACAGGGGGAUAACAACCUGCAAAAAUUAGGCCCAGAUGAAGUAUCUGUAGAUAUCGAUGCAAUCAGACGGGUCUACAAUAGAUUACUUUCUAAUGAAAAGAUAGAAACUGCCUUUUUAAAUGCACUUGUGUACUUGUCACCCAAUGUUGAAUGUGACUUGACUUAUCAUAAUGUGUACUCUCGAGAUCCUAACUAUCUCAACUUGUUUAUUAUUGUUAUGGAAAAUGGUAAUCUUCAUAGUCCUGAGUACCUGGAAAUGGCACUACCGUUGUUUUGCAAAGCAAUGAGUAAGCUCCCCCUUGCAGCUCAAGCAAAAUUGGUCAGACUGUGGUCAAAGUACAGCGCAGACCAGAUUCGACGAAUGAUGGAAACUUUUCAGCAGCUUAUAACCUACAAAGUCAUAAGCAAUGAAUUCAAUAGUCGUAACUUAGUGAAUGAUGAUGAUGCUAUUGUUGCUGCUUCAAAGUGCUUAAAAAUGGUUUACUAUGCAAAUGUAGUAGGAGGAGAUAUAGACACAGAUCACAAUGAAGAGGAGGAUGAAGAGCCUAUCCCAGAAUCUAGUGAAUUAACUCUACAAGAACUCCUGGGUGAGGAAAGAAGAAAUAAAAAAGGACCUCGGGUAGACCCUCUGGAAACUGAACUUGGCGUAAAAACUAUAGAUUGCCGAAAGCCACUUAUCCUCUUCGAAGAGUUUAUCAAUGAACCACUGAAUGAUGUUCUAGAAAUGGACAAAGAUUAUACAUUUUUCAAGGUAGAAACAGAAAAUAAAUUCUCCUUUAUGACAUGCCCCUUUAUACUGAAUGCCGUUACCAAGAACCUGGGAUUGUAUUAUGACAACAGAAUCCGUAUGUACAGUGAACGUCGUAUAACUGUCCUUUACAGUUUAGUUCAAGGCCAGCAGUUAAACCCAUAUUUGCGACUCAAAGUCAGACGUGAUCACAUCAUAGAUGAUGCGCUUGUUCGGUUAGAAAUGAUUGCAAUGGAAAAUCCAGCUGAUUUGAAAAAGCAGUUGUAUGUAGAAUUUGAAGGAGAACAAGGGGUUGAUGAAGGAGGAGUUUCCAAAGAAUUUUUUCAGCUAGUUGUAGAAGAAAUCUUCAACCCCGAUAUUGGAAUGUUCACUUACGAUGAAUCCACAAAAUUGUUUUGGUUUAACCCAUCCUCUUUUGAAACUGAGGGACAGUUUACACUGAUUGGGAUUGUAUUGGGCCUGGCUAUUUACAAUAAUUGUAUUCUGGAUGUCCAUUUUCCAAUGGUUGUCUACAGGAAAUUAAUGGGCAAAAAAGGAACUUUCCGUGAUCUGGCAGACUCUCAUCCUGUUCUCUACCAGAGCUUAAGAGACUUGUUGCAGUAUGAGGGAAGUGUGGAAGACGAUAUGAUGAUAACCUUCCAGAUAUCUCAUACAGAUCUCUUUGGUAAUCCAAUGAUGCAUGAUUUAAAGGAAAAUGGAGAUAAAAUCCCUAUUACAAAUGAAAACAGAAAGGAAUUUGUUAAUCUGUAUUCUGACUACAUUCUGAACAAAUCAGUGGAAAAACAAUUUAAGGCCUUUCGAAGAGGAUUCCACAUGGUAACCAACGAAUCUCCCCUAAAAUAUUUAUUUAGACCUGAGGAGAUUGAAUUGCUUAUUUGCGGAAGUAGGAAUCUGGACUUCCAAGCCCUAGAAGAAACCACAGAAUAUGAUGGUGGCUACACCAGAGAUUCUCUUAUAAUUAGGGAAUUUUGGGAAAUAGUCCAUUCAUUUACAGAUGAGCAAAAAAGACUCUUCCUCCAGUUUACAACAGGGACAGACAGAGCGCCAGUAGGAGGGCUUGGAAAACUAAAGAUGAUUAUAGCCAAAAAUGGCCCUGACACCGAAAGGUUACCUACAUCUCAUACAUGCUUUAAUGUCCUCUUGCUUCCGGAAUAUUCCAGCAAAGAGAAACUUAAGGAGAGAUUGUUGAAGGCCAUCACAUAUGCCAAAGGAUUUGGCAUGCUGUAACGAAUUAAAUAAAAGGGAUAAAACGAUUGGUGGCAAUGGUGUCCCUGUCCAAAAAUCAGUAAGAGAAAACCCACAAAAGGCCAUAAGCUUAUAGCAAGCAAGCUACUGUAGUCACCUGUAUUUGGGCCUCCCUUCUUCACUUGGGGACUCUGGGCUGGAACAGCAGAUUUCAGCUGCUUCUAUGAACAAAUUAUUUCUUUUAGCGUGAAAGUGUUACAUAUUCUUUCACUUGUAUGUACAGAGAGGUUUUCCUGAAUAUUUAUUUUAAAGGGUUAAAUCACUUUUGCUUGUGUUUUAUUACUGCUUGAAGUUGAGCCUUUUUGAGUAUUUACAAGAAAACAAAACUGUACUCUCCCAAGGAAAAUAUUGCCAUCAUUUGUAGAUUGUGUAACCUUUAAGUAUGUGCUACAUUUUUGUCCCAGUUAUCAAAUCAAAAUCGGGAACUGUACUUUUUGAACAGUUUUGCUUUUGAAACUUGAAGUCUUGGAAAACAAAAUGGUGUGAUGCAAUGACUGCUGUUCUAGCCCCCAAAGACAUUUGUGGAAAAGCAUUAGAAUCAAUAAAGAUGGAAGGGAGAACUUGGAAUGUUAAAUUACAGCCUUCAGACCUUUACUUUUAGCCACAGCACAACAAUUAAACAAAAACUAAGUCAUUUCAUUA